CUCGCUCUUAACCCCGUCCGCGUCCACUCUAGGUAUCGUCGCAUCCUCCCUCUUCUUUGCCAUGGCGGCCAUCUUCUCCGACUCUCCGACACAUCCUCUCGAUGCUCUCAAGGACCACUUCACACUCCACGAUCACCAGCUGCAUGCUAUCACCAAGACCUUCCUUUCCGAGGUCUCCGAUGGUCUUUCAAAAUAUGGCCAUCCCAUGGCAAUGAUUCCUACCUAUGUCAAGGGCGUACCUAAUGGCUCAGAAACCGGAACUUUCCUUGCGCUCGAUCUCGGGGGAACUAACCUUCGUGUGUGCGAGGUCACUCUGCACGGAGAUAAGACGUUUUCCAUUCGCCAGCAGAAGUACAAAGUGUCCGAGGCACUCAAAACAGGCGAGGCAACAACACUGUUUGACUACCUCGCGGACUCCGUCGACGCGUUCCUGACCGUGUCGCCCAAAGCGGAAUCACCGAAGAUUGAUGGCUUUAGACAUACCUCAUUCAACGAUUCCGAUCCCCCGGCUGUUCCUCUCGCCCUCACCUUCUCUUUCCCAGUCGAGCAGACAGCCUUAGACUCCGGGUUUCUGCUCACGUGGACAAAGGGCUUCUCGGCCAAGAACGCGGUGGGCAAGGACGUCGUUAAGCUGUUGCAGGAUGCAUUCGAUCGCAAGCACAUACACGUCAAGUGUGUGGCCCUUGUCAAUGACACUGUAGGUGCAUUGCUUUCGAGAGCAUACAACACGGGCGGUUGCAUGCUUGGUGCCAUCUUUGGGACCGGAACGAACGGUGCCUACGUAGAAAGCGUUUCAAACAUCACCAAGCUCGGGAAGCAUCCUACGGCAGCAGCAGGAGGCAUGAUGAUUGUCAACACGGAGUGGGGUGGCUUCAAUAACUCGCGGUCCGUGUUGCCUACGACGCCUUGGGACAACAAGCUUGAUCGAGAAUCGAUAAACCCUCGCUUCCAAGCGUUCGAGAAGUUCAUCUCGGGCAUGUACCUAGGCGAGAUCGCACGGAACGUCGUACUCUCCUUCAUUGACGCAGCACCGAAACCUCUCCUGUUCACCGGCCGAUCAACACCCAUACUCAACAAGCAGUGGGCAUUCGAUACCGCUGUCCUGAGCGAAGUUGAGGAGGCGUGGACGGGCCUCGGGCGGUUUUCCGGCUCCUCGGAGAAGGACCAGCGACAGCGCGUACGCGGUGUGUUGCUACAGCGGUUUGAAUUCGAAUCAGACGACCUUGUCUCGCUGGAGGAUGCCGCCACCGUCCGACAAAUCUGUACACUGGUAGUGGACCGCGCGGCCCGCAUGAGCGCAUGUGCGGUCGCAGCCAUACUCGUUCAAACAGGGCGGGCACGGCUAGGCGGCGAGGGAAAGGGCGAGCUGGUGGACAGCGGGGAGCGGAUCGGCGUCGGCGUCGACGGAAGUCUCGUGGAGUUCUACCCCAACUUCCAGAAGAAAAUGCGCGAUUCCAUCCGUGUCCUCGUCGGCAGCGAGGUAGAGUCGCGCGUUGAGAUCGGCAUGGCGAAGGACGGCAGUGGAGCAGGAGCUGCACUGUGCGCGCUCAUCGCGCAGAAGAUGUCCGAGGGUGCCUCGCUUUCGGCUGGAUACCACAACGACCCGCCGCCGCCCACCCGAUCACGGACCGACGACGCAGCGUACCUGUCAUCAUUCAGGCUGAAACCAUGAUCACGAGUGUGACGAUGGAUUUCAUCGACGUUGAUAGCCGGGGCGAGGUAUGGAAGGGAUGGAUCAUGGGAUUCAAGGGGAUGGCAUGAUAGAGGAACGCUGCCCCGUGUUUUCGGCGGGGCGUUGCCAUCGAAGAGUAGUCUAACUUUAAAUGUUGUGCUACGAUGGACGGUGUCGUGCCCAGCUCCGAUCUUUUUAUGUGUAAUUAUCUACUGUAUCCUCUUAUUGAAAUCGUG